AUGGCUGGGUUUGUAUGUUCAUACAGAUACUUGACAGAGGAGAUAUUUAAGAAGCCUGUAAUUGUGUACAACUAUCCGAAAGGAAUAAAAGCAUUCUACAUGAGGCUCAAUGAUGAUUCAGAGACAGUGGCUGCUAUGGAUAUCCUUGUAUUGAAGGUGGGAGAAUUGAUUGGUGGAAGCCAAAGGGAGGAGCGCUAUGAUGUUAUUCAGCAGAGAAUUGUUGAGAUGGGUCUGCCUCUUGAGCCAUACGAGUGGUAUCUCGACCUGCGGCGUUAUGGGACUGUAAAACAUUGUGGAUUUGGCUUGGGCUUUGAGAGGAUGAAACUUUUUGCCACUGGAAUUGACAAUAUUAGAGAUGUCAUCCCAUUCCUCAGAUACCCUGGCAGAGCAGAUCUAUGA